CACCCGCAAAUUCACACCCGGUUCAGUGUCGGCGUCGUUUUCGCUCAAAUUUGGUACCUGUUUGGGCCCGUCUUGUCCACAGAAACGCGGAAAAUCGGUAUUUUUAUACACGGCGACACUUUCCCCUUUAUCGCUGCUCCAUGUUGAUGACAGCGCCUCUGACAGCGCCAACCGUGCUAAUUUCUCGAAAUUUUUGUUAAAAUGCCCCCUACAUCCAACUUCGUCAAGUAUGGGUUGUCAGGGAAUUAAUUAAAGAAAUUGGAAAUUGGGGGGCCCUUCGGGAAAUGAGCGGCCCUAGAAACCUCUCGGCGUCCUAUUUUUAACGCAGCUGCAGUUUAAGGGGAAAAUGGCGGCAGGCGACUUGAUGAAGCGUUUCCAAUUUUAAUCCCUCCUUUCAAGCAAGGGAAUUUGGAGGGAAAACGGAUCCACUCAAAUUAAACCAACUAACUUCUUACAGAAAACCGCAAAAAUUCCAUUACGUUUAUCAUAAAAACAAUUGUACCAGGCGUCUUAAAAGGCGUGCAGCAUGACUGCACAAUUUACGCACAGUCCAAUUAAACUGGAGGGUGUAGAUUCCUCGGAAAAUGUCACCGAGAUUCAGUCGUAUUUAGCCGGCUUUCAAAAGGAAAUUGGGAAUGAUGCACCCAUACAACAAGUGUCAGGUGAAGACAAUGAGGGGGAAGCGGAAGAAGGAACUUACUUUGUUGAUCAAGCGGGUCUCUAUUAUUAUCAAGCCAAGGGGGAAAGCCAGCCCGUUAUGACAGUAAUGACAGGCCUCCCUGAAUCAGGGGGUGAUGAGGGUGAGGAGUUUAUCAUUAACCCACAUAAUGAAGAGGAGAUGGAGGUUGAAGAAGGGGAAGAGAGCCCUGCGGUUCAAGAGUCCGAAAACCAGAUCCUCAUCAAUUCUGGAAACGCUUAUCAGCGGGUGACGGUUGUCCCAGCCGACACCAAUUCCAGCGAACUGAGUUACGUCCUAAUUGUGCAAGACCCCGCGGACUUGAAAGACGGCGAACAAACCGACGGAGAGCAAGAUAUGACCGUGUACGACUUCGACGAGGGUGAAGAUGGCGGUGUCAUUGAUUCAGAAACCGACGAUGACAAGUCAAAAAUUGUUAAAAUCUUGCCCCGAAAAUCGCAAGUGGUUUCCCAAGCCCACAUGUGCAACUAUUGCAAUUAUACCAGUCCGAAAAGAUACCUCUUAUCGCGUCACAUGAAAUCGCAUUCGGAAGAACGGCCGCAUAAAUGCAGUGUUUGCGAACGGGGUUUUAAAACAUUAGCAUCACUGCAAAAUCACGUUAACACACAUACGGGUACUAAGCCGCAUUCGUGCAAAUUUUGUGAUUCUGCUUUCACGACUUCAGGGGAGCUUGUCAGACAUGUGAGGUACAAGCAUACGCAUGAGAAACCACACAAAUGCCCCGAGUGCGAAUACGCAAGUGUGGAGUUGUCCAAGCUGAAGAGGCACAUUCGGUGCCACACCGGGGAACGGCCCUAUCAGUGUCCACACUGUACAUACGCAAGCCCUGACACUUUCAAGUUGAAGCGCCAUUUGCGAAUCCACACCGGCGAAAAACCAUACGAGUGUGACAUUUGCAAGACAAAAUUCACACAGUCCAAUAGUUUAAAAACCCAUAAAUUGACCCACAACAUUGGUGAUAAACCCAUAUUUCAUUGCGAAUUUUGUCCUACGACCUGCGGCCGCAAGACAGAUUUGCGAAUUCACGUCCAAAAACUGCACACAUCCGAUAAACCCCUCAAGUGUAAACGAUGCGGCAAGUCGUUUCCAGAUCGGUACAGUUACAAGGUGCACAAUAAAACGCACGAGGGUGAGAAAUGCUACAAGUGUGAUCUCUGUCCGUACGCUUCGAUAUCAGCUCGCCACUUGGAGUCGCAUAUGCUUAUCCACACCGACCAGAAGCCCUACCAUUGUGAUCAGUGCGAUCAGAGUUUCCGACAGAAACAGUUGCUGAAAAGGCACCAAAAUCUGUACCAUAAUCCCGACUAUAUACCGCCCCCACCUCGGGAAAAAACCCACGAGUGUCCCGAAUGUUCGCGAGCGUUUAGACAUAAAGGCAAUUUAAUUCGACAUAUGGCCGCCCAUGACCCCGACCCGACCAUACAGCGGAAGCAAAUGGAAUUGAAGUUGGGACGGCAGAAGAAGAUUCAGAUGAUUGAUGGGCAGCAAGUCGAGGUGAUUCCGGGAAUGGAGUCGGAUGAGGAUGAAGAAGGGGAGAUUGAUAUGAUGGCGGUGGAAGGUUCUGAUGGACAGCAGUACGUCGUUCUGGAAGUCAUCCAGCUUGCGGAUGGGGAGGAGCAAGCUAUGGUUGUUGGAGGGGACGGGAACAAUGAGCUCCUUGGAGAAAAUAUCUUGCCAGAUAGUGAUUUGAACGGUGAAGAUGUGAUUAAAGCGUUACAGUCGGCUAGGAGGGUGUACAAAACUGAGGACACCAAGAAAGAAAAUACAGAGAGUGAUAUGCAGAAUUGCUUCGGUUUUGAUGAGGACGAAGAAGAGGAAGAGGAGUCUAGAGGAAAAGAAACCAUUACGCUUUUAGACCAGAUUGACUAAGUUUCCAACUCUUGACAAUUACCAGAUUGGUCAUUUUUGUAAACAAGAAUGAAAGUCUAUGUAACAUUAAGUUUAAAUUAUUUCAAUUUUUAACUUUAUUAGUCUUUAUUUUAAAAGGAUUUAAAAUUAGCAUUGUAAAAUUUUGUAUAUACAUUUAAUAGUUUAUUUCCAUAAUUUUUGUAUAUAACUAUUUUCAUGUUAAUUCUAGAUGUACCUACACAAUUCAGUUAAUAAAGCAGUAAACAUAA